UCUAAUACUAGGAUACUGCCAUGCUCCUUCUCUUUCUCUCUCUCCCCGCCUAUACCCUAAAAAGAGGCACUCAUUUACUUCAUAAACCCUCACUGUGGCAGUCUUUUCAGCCCCAAGGCCUCAACUUUACUUUAAGAGAGCGAUAGACUAUAGUUAUUUUGUUCUUAUAUAUACCCUUAUAAACCAUUCUUUCUCCUCCAAUUCUUUGGUCAAGACUCUCUGUUCUUAUCAUCCAAAACAUUUAAACAUUUUCAAUUUACAUAUAUAGAAAUCAAAGGCUCGUUAUUGUCACCACUUCAUUUGAUGAAACUUGUUGUUUUUGAGUGUUAAUAGCAUAAUUUUUUUUCUUUUCUUUAUUUGAGGCUUCUGUAAUGGCACCAAGUUUUGACUCUGCAGUUUCAAGCCUUCUGUGUACAGAGGAUAACAAUAGCAUUUUCGAUGAUAUCAAUACCGAUUACCAUGGGGUUGUGGUGGAGGAGUUUGAGGCCACAUGGUAUCAUGGGAAUCAUCAAACCCGUAACCAAAACAAGAGGUUUGAUGAUUGCGGAGAUAUAUUACCAUUGCAGAGUGAUGAGUGUUUGGCUUUGAUGCUUGAAAAGGAAUGCCAGCAUUUGCCAAAUAGUGAUUACUUGAAGAGACUGCAAAUUGGGGAUUUGGACUUGGUGGCUAGAAAAGAGGCUGUCGAUUGGAUUGUCAAGGUUAACACCCAUUUCGGUUUUGGACCUCUCUGUGCUUAUUUAUCCAUAAACUACUUGGACAGAUUUCUCUCUGCCUAUGAAUUGCCUAAGGGUAAAGCUUGGAUGAUGCAAUUGUUGGCCGUGGCAUGUUUGUCGGUUGCGGCCAAAAUGGAGGAGACUCAAGUUCCAUCAUGUGUAGAUCUACAGGUGGGUGAUACAAAGUACUUGUUUGAAGCUAGAACUAUAAAAAGAAUGGAGCUUUUGUUGCUAAGCACCUUGAGGUGGAGAAUGCAAGCAAUUACCCCAUUCUCCUACAUAGACUACUUCAUUCGCAAGAUCAAUGAUGGUGAUCAAAUCCCACUAAGAACUUCAUUCUUGAGUUCAAUCCAACUCAUAAUAAGCACUAUAAAAGGGAUUGACUUCUUGGAAUUCAAGCCUUCUGAGGUUGCAGCAGCUGUGGCAAUAUCUCUUGCAGAGGAAACCAAAACAGUUGAUACAGAGAAAGCAAUUUCUGUUCUCACUCAAUAUGUAAAAAAGGAGAGAAUGGUUGAGUGUGUAAAAAUAGUACAAGAUUUGUCAUUGACUAGUGCAAAUGCUUCUGUGCCCCAAAGUCCAAUUGGGGUGCUGGAUGCGGCUUGCUUGAGCUAUAAAAGUGAUGACACAACGGUUGGGUCAAGUCCAAGUUCUUCAAAUAAUACACCGGAUCCCAAAAGGAGGAAGCUAAACAGACCUUAUGAAGUAGAGCUAUAAAUAAAAAGUGAAGGAAGAUGGGCUCUAUUCACACCAUCAAUCUGUUUUGUUUUUUAUAUAGAACUUUUGUUUUGCUUGUGAAUUGUGAGGGCGGCUCCCAAAAAGAAGUCAAAAAACCAAAAUGAAGUCAGAAAUAGGUGAUUCAAAAGGGAAAAGAAUAGAGAAAUUUUGGAGAAAAAACAAAAUAAAAGAAAGGGUGAAAGAGGUUGAUUCAUAUAUGGAGAAUGGUGAUUGGUGAAAUCAAAUGCGAGCGAAAUAUUUCAUUCUCUUUGUAUGAAGAGGAUGGUCACCAGCUGUUAAAUAUUAGACUUCUUAACAGCUUAGAGACUUGGAGUUGG